GCAGCAGCAGCAGCAGCAGGAGGAGGGGGCUGCCCUGGCCCUUUGCUCUGCGGCACAGCCGGGCCGCUGCCCAGGCGCCAGGGCAGGUGGUCUCCGGCUGCAGCAGGGCACUGUUUGGCCAGCCCCUUGCAGCCCUCUGUGGGGAGGAUGGCACACUGCCCCAGCCCAUCCAGGAGCUGCUCGCUGUCCUGCAUCAGGAAGGACCAUCGACGGAGGGGAUAUUCCGCAGAGCCGCCAGCGGAACAGCAAUUCGGGAGCUGCGUGAGGCCCUGGACCGUGGCCUGGACACCGACAUGGGAAGCCAACCUGCAGAUCUGUUGGCCGUCGUCUUGAAGGACUUCCUCAGAAACAUCCCCUCCAAGCUCCUCAUGGAAGACCUGUAUGAGGAGUGGAUGGCAGCCAUGGAGAGGAGCAGCAUGGAGGAGAAGAUGGAAGAGCUGAAAGUGGUGGCCAAGAAGUUGCCAGCGGCCAAUCUGCUGCUCCUGAAGGAGCUGCUGUCCCUCCUCCAGCACAUUGGCCACAACGCAGCCACCAGCAAGAUGACCUUUAACAACCUGGCCAUCUGCGUUGGGCCCAAUCUGCUGAGCCCACCCAAGGAGGAGCUGCUGCCGCUGGACGCCCUGCUGCAGGUCACACAGAAGGUGAACGUGCUGGUGGAGUUUAUGAUGGAGAACUACGGCAACAUCUUUGGGGAGGAGACAGCUGGUCUCUCCUGUCUAUCGGUGAAGGAGUCACCAGUACCCAUGAAAAGAUCCACACAUGGGCAUGUGGAAGAGCAAAGUGGCCCUACAGGCAGAGCAGACAAGGACCACCAGGCACCUUCAUCUUUCCCUCCAACCACCACUGGAAGUGUGGCAGAGUCCCUGGGGCUCCCGGAAGAGCUGAGGAGCCUUUCAGAGGAUAGAAGGUUUGAAGGCUCUCCCCAGGAUGAGGAAAAGAGAAGGAACAGGAAGAGAAAACACACCUGUGGAGAUUACAGUGACAACAACGUGGAAAAGAAGAGGAGGAAGAUGUUUGGGGAUGGAAAACUAAGAAGACGGAGGAUGGUGCCAAGGCUCAGGAAGCCCAGGUCCUGAUUUCAUGUUAAGAGUUGAAUCCCUAUGUUUUGUGCUGUUGAUGUUCACAAUAAAGUGUUUUUAAAGUCACAAGAAAAUGUUUUUAAAAUGUUUUUAAGUGUUUAAAAUGUUCACAAUAAAGUGUUUUU